AUGGCGACUCGUUUUCCUUCCACAGAUGACUCUGGGGACGAAGACGACGAGACUGCCUCUCCAGCUGACAAGAGCGAGCUACACAGCACCAUCAAGAGCCUCUCCUUGAAGUUGGACGACCUCAGCACGUGCAAUGACCUCAUCGCCAAGCACGGUGCCGCCCUCCAGCGCUCGCUGAGUGAGCUGGACAGCCUCAAAAUACCAUACGAGAGCAGUGAGAAGCUGAAGGCUGUGAACGAACGGGCCACCCUCUUCCGCAUCACCUCAAAUGCUAUGAUCAAUGCCUGCAAGGACUUCUUGGAACUAGCAGAGACACACAGCCGGAAAUGGCAGCGUGCAUUACAGUAUGAGCAAGAACAGCGCAUCCACCUAGAAGAGACCAUUGAGCAGCUAGCCAAGCAGCACAAUAGUCUCGAACGGGCCUUCCGCAGUGCCCCCGGCCGGGCCACCAACCCCACCAAGAGCUUCAGCGAAGGAAGCCUCUUAACUCCCAAAGGAGAGGACAGUGAGGAAGAUGAAGAUACCGAGUACUUCGAUGCCAUGGAAGACUCUACAUCUUUCAUCACCGUGAUCACCGAGGCCAAGGAGGACAGAAAAGCUGAGGGUGGAACCACAGGCUCAGUGGACUGGACGUCAUCAGACAAUGUGCUAGAUGGUGCCUCACUUGUGCCCAAGGGCCCCCCCAAAGUCAAGAGACGUGUCCGCAUCCCUGACAAACCCAACUACAGCCUUAAUCUCUGGAGCAUCAUGAAGAACUGCAUCGGCCGGGAGCUCUCCAAGAUCCCCAUGCCGGUCAACUUUAAUGAGCCCCUGUCUAUGCUCCAGCGGCUGACAGAGGACCUGGAGUACCACCACCUGCUGGACAAGGCGGUGCACUGCACCAGCUCGGUGGAGCAGAUGUGCCUGGUGGCCGCCUUCUCCGUGUCCUCCUACUCCACCACGGUGCACCGCAUCGCCAAGCCCUUCAACCCCAUGCUGGGGGAGACCUUUGAGCUGGACCGCCUCGAUGAUAUGGGCCUGCGCUCCCUCUGCGAGCAGGUGAGCCACCACCCACCAUCAGCCGCCCACUACGUGUUCUCCAAGCAUGGCUGGAGCCUCUGGCAGGAGAUCACCAUCUCCAGCAAGUUCCGGGGAAAAUACCUCUCCAUCAUGCCGCUAGGUGCCAUCCACUUAGAAUUCCAGGCCAGUGGGAAUCACUACGUGUGGAGGAAGAGCACCUCGACUGUGCAUAACAUCAUCGUGGGCAAGCUCUGGAUCGACCAGACAGGGGAUAUCGAGAUUGUGAACCAUAAGACCAAGGACCGGUGCCAGCUGAAGUUCUUGCCCUACAGCUACUUCUCCAAAGAGGUCGCCCGGAAGGUAACAGGAGUGGUGAGUGACAGCCAAGGCAAAGCCCACUACGUGCUGUCAGGUUCAUGGGAUGAACAGAUGGAGUGCGCCAAGAUCGUGCAAAGCAGCCCCAGCAGCCCCGGCUCGGAUGGGAAGCAGAAGACAGUGUACCAGACGCUGCCGGCCAAGCUGCUGUGGAAGAAGUACCCGCUGCCGGAGAACGCGGAGAACAUGUACUAUUUCUCGGAGCUGGCCCUGACCCUCAACGAGCACGAGGAGGGCGUGGCGCCCACGGACAGCCGCCUGCGGCCAGACCAGCGGCUGAUGGAGAAGGGGCACUGGGACGAGGCCAACACGGAGAAGCAGCGGCUGGAGGAGAAGCAGCGCGUGUCGCGGCGCCGGCGGCUGGAGGCCUGCUCACGGGGCUGUGGCACGGAGGAAGAGAAGGAAGCCGAUGUGUACGUGCCGCUGUGGUUCGAGAAGAGGCUGGACCCACUGACCGGGGAGACGGCCUGCAUGUACAAGGGCGGCUACUGGGAGGCCAAGGAGAGGCAGGACUGGCACAUGUGUCCCAACAUCUUCUGAGCUCCAUCCCCUCCUGCAAAUACAGGCGCCUGUACAGCCUGGUCCACCUUUUCUUUAAUACACUCAAUUUAGUACUCAGUGGCCCUCCCCCUUACACCUUUUCCCUUUCCUUUUUUUUUUUUUUUUUAACACUUUUUUGGGGCUUCCACCUUGGAAGGAGCAAGUGCUGAUCUGCAUUCUCUCCAGCCCCCAGGUGCCCUGGGUCACCCAAGCCCCAUCAUUUUGGACUUGGGUCCCACUGGGACCCCAGCUCCCAGUUACCACAACUCAGGCAGGCUGGCCCGGGCCCUGGGCUGCCCCAGUCACCAGCCCCACCAAGGGAGACACUGUCCCCCACUGGGGAGCCACUUUUGACUUUUUUAGAAAAAACGAUCUCCAUUUUCUUUCCAGCCAAGACGUUUAGUAAAUAUUUUUAGUACAGCACUUAGCAGACCACUUUCUAAGUGUGCUUUCUUGCCACAAAUGUGUCCUGGCAAGAGCCCCUUCUUUUUAAGACAUCAGGAAGCUAGACCCCUUUGAGCAGGGAGCAUUUUGUAGCUCAACAUAGCAGGGUCACCAGGAGCACAGGACUCCAGAGAGAAGGGAACUGGAAGGGCCACCUGGCCCAGGAGAGCACAAGUCAGUUGUCUCCAGAGCUACAGCAGCACCCACUGUGGGGGAGGGGAUGCCCAAGGGUCCCCAGAUAGAUUUGAGGGUAACAGCCCCUUGCCUAGCUUUGGCCAUGCAGGGGCUGCUCCCCAGCCCCAGAGAGGUCAGGAAGGGCUGGGGGCAGGGCCUGCAGGUGCUCCCCACCCCAGAACCAGGCCCCAAAUCAGCAAUAAGAACAAACACUUGGCUCAGCCUGGGCUGGUGCCCCCAGGCACCAGAGGCCCAGUGUCCUGCCUCGGCCUCAGGCACCUCCGGGGUGCCCAUCUCUGCACCCCCUGAACUCUUUAUUUGCCUGAUUUAUAUAUAUAUGAUAUAUAAAUAUAUAAAAAAUAGCUAUUUUGCUUAAAUUUCUAUGGUAUGUGGAAGUUAAAAAAUGAUGAAGACAGGGCACCCCUGUCUGAGUUUGGCUCUCCUGUCAGCUGUGUCCUACCCUCUCCUUGGACCCCCUUCCAAGGGCUCCUGCCAAUGGUAGGGGGGUACUGGGCCACAGUGGCCAUUAUCCAGCCCCUCAGAACCCCCAUUCCAAACCCUCCCACUUCAGUUUGGUCCUGAAAAUUCAUCACAGGGUUUUUUCUGUAUAUUCCAGGACUGCGUUUGUUUUUAUAAAAUAAAAAAAUAAAAAAAGUGAAAACACCAACAUGUGAAAUGCCUUAGGGUGCCCACUCAAGCAAGAGGCAGGGCGGGCAGGGUGGCCCCACCACGCCCACAGCAGAGCUGUGCAGUGUACCUCUUCUCCACACUGUUUGUGAGGGAGCACCUUCUGACCGGUAAUAAAAACCUUGGA